CCGAGGACGACGCCGUAGUUGACCGAGCGCGUCCGCGCUCGCGUCGCCGCGAUGCCCGCCCUCGAACGCGCGACGUCCGACGCGAUGCCGACGGAGCGCGCGCUGCACGACGCGGCGUCGAGAGGGGACGUGUCGCGCGCGAUGGACGUCGUCGAGCGGUGGGUCGAGCGACGCGCGUUUCAGAGCGCGCGAGAGUGCGUCAACGUCAACGCUCGCGCCGCGGACUUGAUGCUGCGCGCGCCGCUGCACAUCGCGUCCGAGCGCGGGCACGUGGACAUGGUGAAGUACCUCCUGAGCGAGGGCGCGGACGUCAACGCGCGAGACGCGGGCGGCGCGCGUCCGCUGCAUUACGCCGCGGCGGCGAACCGCGCGGCGGCGUGCGACGUCCUCAUCGACGCCGGCGCGGACCCGAGAGCGAGGGACGCCGUCGGGGAAGCGCCCGCGCACUGGGCCGCGGCGUACGGCGCGCGAGACGCGAUCCGAACGUUGCUCGCGCGCGGCGCCUCCGCCGCGGACGCGACGACGAGCGGGUGGACGCUGUCGCACUACGCCGCGCUGAACGGGCGCGACGAGCUCCUUCGCGACGUGUUAAACGGCUCGGGGAAGAGCGUUAAAGAGGGGUUGUUAAACGCGCGCCUCGCGGCGACCGGGGAGACGCCCGCGCACCUCGCGUCGAAGACGAACCAACUCGCGGCGUUGUACCGUCUGAUCGUCGCCGGCGCGGACGUCGGCGCGGUGGACGACCGAGGGCGCAAGCCAGCGGACGCGAGUAUCGGCGACGGCGCGCGAGCGAUGCUGGGGGGAGGGAAGGAGAGGGGGGGAAGAGACGGUGGCGGCGGCGGCGGCGACGACGUCGCGGCGAAGAUGGCGGCGAUGUCGGUGGCGUCGUCGUCUCCGAAGGCGGCGGCGGAGGCAGCGCCGCCGCCGCCGGCGGCGCCCGCGCGAAGAUGGAGCUCGAAGGCGGAGCCCACCGUCGCCGAGACGACCGCGAAGAUGCGCGCCGUGACCGUAGACGACGACGACGACGACGACGACGGCGCGAGGGAGGCGCAGCGCGAGAAGAUCAGAGACGAACUCAGAGCGCGUCGCGGCGGCGGCGGCGGUCGACGAUCGAAACCGCGCGGCAACGCGUCGUUCCUCGACAAGUACGGCCUGGACAACAUGAACCUCUUCGCGCGGUGA